CAAGAAGGACCCUUUUCCUCUGCUACACGUACUGAGAGAUAUUCAACUCUGGCCUAUACAGAAAAAUAACCUGUCAGAAGCGAGAAGGACAACCUUCCCUCUGCUCUCUUUUGUGGAAACUCCCCUAGGGUUUUGGCUUACCAGGCAGAAACCAGAUCUCCAGCUAGGAAAAUCGAAACCAAGCUGCUGGGGAAGAACAGGAGAAGCGACGUUCAAAUUAAGAGUGAGAAGUGAGUGAAGUGAAGCAUUGGAAUGGCUCCUAAACUAACAAAAGCGGCAAGAACGGAGAAGGCCUGCCGGGCACUGAGAGAUCUUCGCUUCCCUGUUGAUAUGAUUAGGGCAAAGUUGGAGGAGCUACUUCGUGUCCACAGAAAGAACUGGAAGGCUAUUGAAGACUCCAACUAUUCACUUCUGAUCGAUGCUAUAUUGUCUGCAGAAGAGGAGAAACAGCCUGAGAAGGUACCCACAGCAGCAGACCCAGAAGCAAAGCAAGUAAAAAAGUCCAGCAAAGGUACAUUGGCCCCUCCCCAAGGAACAUCUGGACACGAGGCUAGACAUGUUGGCUCAAGGUACGGGAAAGGGGAAGGGAAAGCUUCAUCCUCGAGUCGAUUGAAAAGGAAGAGGAGCAACAAGACUGAAGCUUCUUCAGAUUCUGAUGGUGAUCUCUUACCUGGAGAGUUGGAUUUAGAAGAAGUUUCAGGGAAAAGGUCAUGCACAAGAAAGAAGAAAGUGGCCUCAAGUUCCAGUUCUAAAAAGGUGUCUGGAGCUCGGGGGAAGGACAAGAUUCUGCCUGGACCAUGUUCAGGGCUUGGUGCUGAAUCUGAAGAUUACAAGAGUCCAACUGUGAGUAAGCCUACAAACCAGGGAAGUGCAAGAGAUGAGGAUACCAAAAUAAGGCUAUACACAAGAAGGAAGAAAGCGGCUUCACUCUCAAGUCCUCAAUACCAUGAGAAGGUGAAAGGGUCUUGCCAAAAAACCGAGGUUAAGGUUGGACCAAUUUCGAGGCCAGAUCAUAGAGAGAUAGUAGCAAGGGGUGGCUGGGAAACACAAGUUAAGAUUGUACCAAAUUCAGGAUCAGAUGACGACUCUGAAGAUGCUGAGACUCCACUGAUUAGGCGGAGAACAAAACGCCAGAGAAGAGAGGAUGUGGCAGAUAUACUUCCUGCUUCGGAGAAUGAAACUGGCUUAAUUUGCUAUGAGAACCCACUUAAUCUUCCUUCCAUGGAUUAUGCGUUUGACAUGUACCUCAAUGAUCCUCGAGAUAUGGUCACGGAGAGUCCAUACACUAUCAACAACCACCUCCAAGAUGACAUUCCUUUAGCCUUUAUCCCUCCAGCUAGAGAAAUUGAUCAUACCCCAGCAGAUGAAGUGAAGUUACUAGAGUACAAGUCUUCAGGUGUUAUAGAAACAGCUUAUUCAGAUUUGCUUUGCAAAACCCUUGUGCCAGCUAAAGAAGUAGCUGAUAACCCAGUAGGUAGCAUGAAGUUGCUAGAAUACACAUCUCCAGAUGCUGAGAUUACUGGUGCAGUGCAAUCAUCAAUCAAUGAUGAAGCUCUUGUGAGUGAAGAUGGCUUGACAUUCAUUGACCAAAAGGUUGUCUCCAUGGAAGAUGAAGGACAUUGUUGUAUAACAGAGGAGUACUGCGUUGCUUCAUCUUCAACGGGAGGGAUGAGACUAUCCCUUGUUCGUGGCCCUUCCUUACCAUCCACCAUCUGCGUUCCAAAUGAAGUCAUAAAGGUGAUGGAAGAUAAAUGCAAAAAAUCUUACAAGAUAACGGAUCCUAGCUUCUCUUUCUUGAAGCUGAUGAAUGACUUCUGCAACAUUGUCUGCUUAAUGGAUAGUACCAUGGUUGAUGCCCCCACAAGUUCCACAUUUCAUCCCUCUGAUUCAAAUCCCUCCGCUAGCAGCUACAAGGCCACAGUGUUUUGUGCCCCCAGAAAUGAUGCCCUUGAUCCAUGCCUUUUAGCAUCAUUCAGAUUUCAUAAUCUCAUUGAGGUCACUCCCCAAGUUCCUAAGCAUAUCAAUCUUGUUGGGUUUGGUUUCCUUCAGUCUAUCAAGGGCAUUGAAUUUGUGGGUAGUAAAACCAACAAAAUGAUCCCUAAGCUGCUAGGCCCUAAAUGUUCAAGAUCAUUCAUCGGCCAGGCCACACAGAGUAAGGGUUAUGGUUAUCUUGAUGACAUAAGCAAGGGUGAGGAAAAUAUGGAGAUACCAGUCCUGAAGGGAAGCCGUGAUAAAGAUCUGAAGAGAUUCAACUACAUUGCACAAAACAUGGUCCUCGGAGAAGCCAACAUUGAAGUUAAACUUGGUGUUCCAUCGAGCAAAGGAUGUUGCUGUCCCGAGUGUUUUGGUGAUUGCCAAACAUCAAACCCACCGUGCAAGUGUGGUCAACUAAAUGGUGGUGAGUUUGCAUACACGCAGUCAGGUUUGGUAAAAGAGCAGCUUUUGAGGGAAUGGUCAUCUAGGAAGAACACUACCUUUUAUGGGCAUAACUUGUCUAGGCCCCAUAUGGAAAGUAAUUUCAUAAAGGAGUGCUGGUACAGCUGUGGAUGCUUUAAGAAGUGUGGCAACAGAAUCGUCCAGCGUGGCAUAACGAGAAAACUGCAGGUGUUCUGGACUCCUGAAGGGAAAGGCUGGGGAGUUCAAACUCUUGAGAGCUUGCCAAAGGGUGCUUUCGUGUGCGAAUAUGUUGGUGCAAUACUAACCAUGUCGGAGCUACACAGACAAGGUAGUAAAGGCAUCACGGAUGAAAAGAAUGCAUAUAUCGUUCUGCUUGAUGCAGGCCGUUAUAUUUCUGAACCUGUCCUGAAGGAUGAUGGUAAAGAAGCACUAUGUUUGGAUGCUUCAGAGUAUGGAAAUGUUGCAAGGUUCAUUAACCACAGGUGUGGGGAUGCAAACUUAGUGGGGAUACCAGUUGAGGUGGAGACUGCAAGUCAUCAAUAUUACCAUCUUGCUUUCUUCACUACAAGGGAGGUAGAUGCCAUGGAAGAGCUAACUCGGGACUAUGGCAUCGGGCUCAAUGACGACAGCCAUACUGCGAAGCAAUUCCAGUGCCUCUGUAGCAGCCCUUUCUGCCGUGACUCUCAGAAGGACCUUAUAGUGAUCGACUAAAAUGGGAUUGUAAUGUUGUAGAAAGACUGGUAGAGGACAGGCAUAUAUUUCGUACUAGGGUUGCUUAGCUGCCUGUAUUAGUAAUUGGGUUAGAUUACCAAUUCAUUCAGAUUCAAGUACAUUAUGACAUGUAAAAUGUUACAACUAUGACACAACCUUCCACACAAAUUUUACAUGAUGGAGUUCUACUAAUGAAUGUAAUG